AUGGAGAUGCCCAUGAUUAAUGAGUGCCACGCUCCCUCUCUCAAAGACAGGCUCAAGUUCUCCAUUUGCUGCUUCGCUACUAGUUAUAAUAAUCCCUCCGAAACACUUGAUUCCGACGACGGCAGAAGGCUACACACGCCGAGAUCGACAUACGCUUGGUUGAAAUCAACGGCGCAAGAUCUCGAGAUUAGAGACAAAUGUUGGGGCUUGAUAGGGACAAGAGGCAAGAACCGAAGACGUUACAAUUCCAGCGAUUUCAGGUACGAUCCUACGAGUUACUCGCUCAAUUUCGAGGAUGAGAAUAACAGAGAGGAUGAGCUGCCACUGAGUAAUUUCACUGCAAGACUGCCUCCUUCUCCAGUUGGUCGCCGGCGGUAG